AUGGUGGAUUGCUUAAAAUGUGGGAGAGAAGCUCUUAUUGACUUCAAAACUGGUCUAAACGAUCCUGACAAGCUUUUGUCAUCAUGGCAAGGAAGGAACUGUUGUCAGUGGUGGGGCAUCUAUUGCGAUAAUAGAACAAGAGUUGUUGUUUCCGUUAAUCUCCACAACCCACAUGAGAACUCAGGCAUGAGUGGGGAGAUUAGAUCUUCAUUGACAAAACUAAAGUCCUUGAGAAAUUUGGACUUGAGUUCUAAUUCAUUCAUGGGCAUCCCCAUUGCUGAAUUCUUUCAUUCUUUGAAGAAACUGCAAUAUCUAAACCUUGAAAAUUCUGACCUCGGCGGCAAAAUUCCUUCAAUUUUGGGAAACAUCUCUUCCUUGCUGAAUCUUGGACUCAGUAGGAAUGAAUUAAAUGGAACUCUUCCAUUUAACCUGGAAAAUCUUUCCAAGUUGUCUACCCUUGAUGUUUCAAGCAAUCAUUUAACAGGAUCUCUUCCAAGUAUUAUUGGACAACUUUCUGAGUUGUCUGUCUUGGAUGUCUCUUUCAAUCAUCUUUAUGGUAUUGUCUCUGAAUCCCACUUUUCCAAGUUAACAAAAUUAGAGACCUUGCGUUUCUCUUCCAGUUCUUUGAUUCUCAAGGUGGGUUCAAAUUGGAUUCCUCCAUUUCAAGUGCAAGUGCUUGAAAUGAGUUCAUGCCAUGUAGGACCUCCAUUUCCAGCAUGGCUUCAAACUCAAAAUGAACUUGGUUUUCUUGAUUUAUCAAAUGCUAGUAUUUCAGGUCUAAUUCCCAAUUGGUUUUGGGAUAUUUCUAGCGAUAUCACUUGGCUGAAUUUUUCUUUCAAUCAACUUCGGGGUCCCAUACCUUAUCCUUUAAGAUUAUCUCCCAUACCUUAUCCUUUAAGAUUAUCUUUCCCUGAAAGUAUUGAUUGGAGCUCUAAUCUCUUUGAAGGACCCCUUCCUCUUCCAAAUCCUGGAAUUAAAGCAUUGAGUCUUUCCAAUAAUCAAUUUUCAGGCCCUAUUCCUGAAAGCAUAGACAAACUUGGUGAAAACUUUACCUUCCUUUCUCUUGCAAGCAAUCAACUGACUGGUGAAAUCCCACCUUCCAUUGGAGAACUCCAGGGAUUGAAGAUCAUUGAUCUUUCAAAAAACAACUUAUCAGGAAGCAUUCCAUCCAGCAUAGGAAGAUGUUACCAACUAAAUGUCCUAGAUCUUCAAACCAACAAUUUGUCUGGGGUGAUUCCUGAAUCGCUGGGUCAGCUACUCUUCCUUGAAACACUAUAUCUCAGUAACAACAUGAUCUCUGGAGAAAUCCCUUUGUCUCUCCAAAAUUUGUUGAGUUUGGAAACUUUAGACCUUGGAAGUAACAAAAUGACUGGUUACAUCCCAUCAUGGAUUGGAAGAGAUUUGAAAUUUCUUAGAAUUCUGAGCUUGAGGUCAAAUGCAUUUACUGGAGAGAUUCCAACUACGCUAGCAGAUUUGAAGCAUCUACAAGUGCUAGACCUUGCAGAAAUUUUGUUAGAUGGUGAAUUUCCUGCUAAUUUGGGUAAUCCUCAAGGUAGAAUCCCUUUUGUAGGACACCUGACAACUUUUGAGGCAUCUUGCUUUGCUGAUAAUCCUAAUCUAUGUGGAGCUCCCCUUGAUGUUGAGUGUCCAGGUGACAAUUCCACUAAUGCAGGAACAAAAGAGAAGGUCUCUAGCAGAAGUUGUAAUGAUGACAACAAGUGGUUUUACUUGGCGAUUGGGUUGGGAUUUGCAACUAAUAUAUUGGUUCCUUCUCUCAUUUUGGCAACUAAGAAAUCAUGGAGUGAUGCCUACUUUGGUUUUGCAGAGAAGGUUGCUGAUAGAUUAACACCUUGGGCAUGCAAAACAAGAUGGAUAGACUAUUGUGGGCAUGCGAGGGACCAACACCCAAUGGCCAAUUCAGCUUGCGACGAGGAGGUGGCAGCUAGAUGGGAUUGUCUUUUGUUCAUAGUGGAAGGACGAAGCUGCAUGGAAUCAGUACGAUGUAGAAUUGGUUUGGAUAAAGGAGAAAGAGGUGGGCAGGAAUUAGGAGUAAUAGAAAAAGAGUUGGAAGGCAUUUGA